GCCUUUUUGCUCCCUUAUCCGUGCAAUUUCUCGCGGGUUGCGGCACGCUUGUGCCGCAUCGAUGCGAGUUCUCGCCGCUGCAGUCGUGCUGGCCACGACUGAGGCCUUGGUCCGGACCACUCAUUUCAGCAGAGGCCGCACGCGCACCCUCACGACCAUGAAAGCGCUGCGCGGUGGCGGCAUCGUGAAAGCUACGCGCGCAGUGAUCACGCGCUUCCCGCUCGCUUCCGUCGGCGCGGCGCUCGCGAUCGGCCUUGGCACCGGGCUCUACGCAGCGGCGCCAGUCAUGGACGUCUUCGAGCGCUACCACACCGCGGCGGACAUCCCGAACCACCGCUUCCAGGAUCACGAUGCGUUCUCAGUGGUCGUCGUGAAGGUUGCCGACGGCGAUACGCUGAGGGUGAGGCAUGUGCCGGCUCUGGACUUCGCCCGCGGCCGCUGGCGCCCGAAGAGCCGCGCGGAAGGAGGAAAACUCAAGCUCUCGGAAGAAACUUUGCAGAUCCGCCUCUACGCCGUCGACGCGCCCGAGACGGCUAAAUUCGGCAACAAAGGGAUGCCGAUGGGCGAUGAGGCGACGGCAUUCGUAAAGCGCAUCGAAGGCAAGCGCGUCCGCGUCACGCUCCAGUCGAAGGACCAGUACGGGCGCGCCGUGGCCAAGAUCUCCUACGGGCUCUUCCGCAAGGACCUCUCCGAGGAGCUCCUCGCGAACGGCCUCGCGACCGUCUACCGCUCCGCGGGCGCGGAAUACGGCCAGGGCCGGACGGAGGAGUACUGGAACCUCAUCGAGGGCCGAGCGAAGACGCUGCGGAAAGGGGUCUGGAAGGAUGGGAAGGCUGCGGACCCCGCCGCCUACAAACGGAAGGUCAAGGCUGGCAAGUGAGACAUGGCGGUCGGCGCGUCGAACUCUAGUUCUCUAGUUAAGUGAAUCUGUG